CCAGCAGAGGUUUAUAAAGCUCAGGGGCGGGGCUUGCAUACAGCGGUCAACAUCCUGAUGUAAUUUUCUCCAAAAUGGCGGAUCGCAAAGAAGAUGACAUCUUAUCAGAAAAGGAUGAGCCGGAGAGCGAGGAUGAGACCUAUGAGGUGGUGGACCUGACAGAGUACGCCCGGAGGCACCAAUGGUGGAGCAUGGUGUUUGGGAAUAACUCUGGUCCCCUCGCUGAGAAAUACUCUGUGACCACGCAGAUCGUGAUGGGAGGGGUCACUGGCUGGUGUGCAGGAUACUUGUUCCAGAGAGUAGGGAAGAUAGCUGCUACUGCCAUAGGUGGAGGGUUCCUGUUGUUACAGAUAGCGAAUCACAGUGGCUACGUGCAGGUGGACUGGAAGAAAGUGGAGAAGGAUGUGAACAAAGCAAAGAAACACCUGAAGAAGAGAACCAAGCAAGCAGCCCCUGAAAUUAACUCCUUCUUCGAGGAGGCCACAGAGUUUGUCAAGAAGAACAUUGUCCUGUCCAGCGGGUUUGUGGGUGGAUUCCUCCUGGGCUUAGCCUCCUAAGGGCGUCGGGACCAAUUCACGACUGAGGAAGUCGUUACAUAGGAAGAAGGAAGCUGUCAUUACUGUGAACUGAGUCGCCACACGGGAUGUUGUCAUUAACUGUGAAUCGCUGUCUUUCUCCCAGCACGGAACUAGUCAUGAAACGGGUUUGGGAGGAGGCUGAACAUGUGAAGCUGCCACUUUAUCCCCCCUGGGUGCUCUCUUCCGUUACUGCCCAACUGAUCUGAGUCUAGCUUGUCCACCUUCUAGCUUGUCCUCUUUUUCUUCUAUUUAUCUGGUGGUUUCUGAUCCAGGAUCAGUUGUUUGGGCCUGGCUAUAUAUAUAUAUAUAUAUAUAUAUAUAUAUAUAUAUAUAUAUAUAUAUAUAUAUAUAUAUAUAUAUAUAUAUAUAUAUAAUAUACAACUAAUUUUGACUUCAAAACAUAGAAACUCGGAAUUUUCACAUACGUUGAUGUUAGGGGAGUUCUGGAUGAAUACAAUAUUGAAAAUGUUAGAAAUGUCCCUUUCAGUGCACAACGCGACACCUCUUGAUACACUAUGAUAAACUACUAAUAUACUGUACCACACACUGGACAUAGGAUUACUCAGCCCCUGUCUAUCUGGUGCCCUCUUUUACCUGGAAGAACAGGUCUAGGAUCAGGAAUGUGUCCCAAAUGGCACCAAUUGCCCAUACGGCUCUGGUCAAAUGCAGUGCACUAUGUAGGAAAUAGGGUGCCAUUUGGGACACAGCCCAGCUCUCCCUACACUCAGACCAAAGUUUUACCACCCUGUGCUAUUCAACAAAAUGUGUCUGCAGACCUGUUGUUACGGGGUUAAUAUACCAACACCGGAUCACUGCACCUUUGCUGGCUAAUGUACUGUAGGUAUAUCAGUGUGCAGGUUAGCGUUUUUCAUCAUGAAUCUUGUUCUGGAGGCAGCUCUGCAGAGUGGUCACUAGAUGGCACAGCCACAAAAUCUGAUUUUAAAUCUAACUGUAACCACACUGUUAACCCUAAUGCCUAACCUUACAUUUAGACCAAAAAGUUUAAUGUAGUUUUCAUGAAUUUUUACAAUAUAGCCAAUUCUGACUUUGCAGCUGGCCCAUCUAGCAGAUUCGCUUAGUUCUGCCUCCAGGACAAGACUCAUUCCAAAAAAUGUGAACCUGCUAUCAGUGUAGUAAUAGGAAAAAAUGAGAUUUAGUCAUGUGUAGAAUACACUAUCUGUUUUAUAGAUAGAAGGAAAUGCACAGUAUAAAGUCAGUGUUCAGUUGCUUAUGAGUUGCUCCAUAUUGUGUCUUUAACUAUUUAAAUAUUACGUGUCAGGAGUAUGAUUUUCCAUUUGUUUCUGUACUUCACCAAGUGCACGUUAACUUCUUGCUGCCGUUAACCUCCAUUUUGUAUGUUCUGACUUCCUGAAUGCUGUUUUGAAAUCUUGAUAACCAACCAACCAUAACUAUGGAUUUGUCUUAUGUUUCUGUUUUGUCAAAUAAAGUUGCCUGAUUUUUGUAGGUUAGCAAUGUUAA